AUGUUACGUGCGACAUCCUCAAAAAUAUUGGGCCGCGGAGCCACUCGUAAUGUGAUUUCACUUCACCGAGUGGUAAAUCCUAAUCCUUCUGUUGGUCUGUUACAUAAAAGAGAUCUUGCUUCUGUGACCACCCCUGACAAAGCUUCCACCGUAGAGACAAUACCUGCUAUAGAAACUAUAACGCAAACCCUUGUAGCUCCCUCACCUGCUUCUUUGGGAUUCAACGAGACAAAGGUCAAGAAAGGACAUCGUCCUAUUUAUUUAGAUAUGCAGGCUACAACUCCUACAGAUCCACGUGUCCUUGAUGCAAUGAUGCCAUUUUUCACACAACAAUACGGAAAUCCACAUUCAAGGACACAUGCAUACGGUUGGGAAUCCGAAAAGGCUGUUGAGAAGGCUCGUGAGCAUGUGGCUGAAAUAAUAGGAGCAGAUGUAAAAGAUAUCGUUUUUACAUCCGGUGCCACUGAAUCGAAUAAUUUGAGCAUCAAGGGAGUUGCAAGGUUUUAUAAAAAAACCAAAAAACAUCUUAUCACGACUAAUAUUGAACACAAAUGUGUGCUUGAUUCGUGUCGUGUCUUGUCCGAAGAAGGGUUUGAUGUCACAUACUUACCAGUUCAACCAUCCGGUCUUAUUGAUUUAAAUCAAUUGGCUGAAUCCAUUCGACCAGAUACAUCACUCGUAUCCAUUAUGACGGUAAAUAACGAGAUCGGAGUAACACAACCAAUGGAAGAAAUUGGUAGGAUUUGUCGCUCAAAUAAAGUAUUUUUCCAUACGGAUGCUGCCCAAGCUGUUGGAAAAAUUCCGUUGGACGUUAAUAAAAUGAAUAUUGAUUUGAUGAGUAUCUCUGGCCAUAAGAUUUAUGGACCAAAGGGGGUUGGUGCCUUGUAUAGUAGAAGAAAACCUAGAGUAAGACUUGAAGCUUUACAAAGCGGUGGUGGGCAAGAGAGGGGAUUGAGAAGUGGAACGGUUCCUACACCAUUGGUGGUUGGAUUAGACCGUGUCAAGCGACUUUCAAAGAGACUAAUUGACGGUAUUACGUCGAAAGUUCAACAUGUAGUACGUAACGGUGACCCUACUGCAACAUAUCCAGGAUGUGUCAACCUUUCAUUUGCAUAUAUUGAAGGAGAGUCUCUUUUAAUGGCACUUAAAGAUAUAGCACUUUCGUCUGGUUCAGCGUGUACUUCAGCUUCAUUGGAACCUUCUUAUGUAUUACGUGCCUUAGGAGCAGAUGAUGAUAUGGCACAUUCAAGUAUUAGGUUCGGUAUAGGUAGAUUUACCACAGAGCAAGAAAUUGAUCUCGUAAUAGAUAGAGUUGUAAGACAUGUUGAUAAACUACGGGAAAUGUCUCCACUUUGGGAGAUGGUUCAAGAAGGAAUUGAUCUCAAAUCAAUUCAAUGGUCUCAGCAUUAA